GCAUUGCAUUGUGGGUGCAAUCGGCUUCCGUAGUCAUUCACAAAAAGAUUUGUCACACGCGCACGCGCAGAGAAGCAGUGUGAGAAAAUGGCAGACGUUUCUUUGGAUGAAGUGAUACGGCGUCGCGGCAUUAACCUCAAGGCUUCAGCGAAACGGCCCACAUUUGGAUGGGGUGCGGGCGGACCUGGCGGCACUGCUGGCACUAGCAAAAGUUUUGAUGCCCGGCAGAAGAUUGGUGUGAAUGAUGUCAGACAGCGACUUGGAGGAGGAACAGGUUUCGAAGUGAAAGAUGCCAGAGAAAAGCUGGCACAGAAAGAUGCUCGCUUCAAAAUCCGUGGCAGGGGAGGAGGAGGAGGGGGUGUGCAGGAUGCUCGUCAAAUGAUCAACUCACGCAAACAGGGGCCAAAUCCAUUUGCCGUUCCUCCACAGACCAUGCUAAAGACAGCAGUAACACACCAACUACAGGGCCAUACACUUGUGCCGCAGAUACAGAUACACGCCGGCGGUGUGAACACAAGGCAGUUUGGCCUUGGCCCCAAUGCACAAGUAAUGAGUAUGAGGGGCAGUGUAACUCCACAGCUGAGCAACAAUAAGAGGAUGAUGGAUGCUCGUGAUAGGCUGAGCCUCAAGAGGAGUAUUGGAGGAACACAGACAGCUGCUGCCCCACCCAUGAAAAUAACGAAGACCAUUCAGCAACGUCCAAUUGGGAUGCCGGGUGGCAUCCGUGCAGCUACACAGCCUGUCUCAAAUGAGCACGAUGGCCCCUCCAGUAAACAAAUUAAGAUAACUACUGCAAACAGUAUGCUGCAAUCACGGUCCAGUACAACAGGCUCCACAUUCUCCAUGUCAGCCCCAAUCACCAAGGUGGUUAAAAAUGAUGCCUACACAGCCCCACGUCCUCCUGUUCCCGUGGCUCCCACUCGGUCCAACAGCAGCAUGGCUACCGCCCGAUCCUCAGCUGCAGCCUCACAGCCAAUCUCUAGGAGCCUCAAGCAAAACACGGCAGAAACCAGCACAACGGCUCCUACUCCCCCUCAGCCUGCUUUCAGUCCUUUGGAAGGGACAAAAAUAACAGUGAACAACCUGCAUCCUCGUGUCACAGAGGAAGACAUUGUUGAAUUGUUCUGUGUGUGCGGUGCCUUGAAACGAGCAAGGCUGGUGAAGGUGGGUGUGGCUGAAGUGGUGUUUGUCCGUAAAGAGGACGCUGUCAGCGCAUACAGGAAGUACAACAACCGCUGCCUGGACGGCCAACCCAUGAAGUGUAACCUUCAUAUUCAGGGAAAUGUCAUCACCUCUGAUCAGCCCAUUCUAUUGAGGCUCAGUGACACUCCAGGCACAGGCAGCAGCACGAAGAAAGAUGGUCUGCCCCCCUCCUUCUCUCGUCCCGCUGGUCAGCGAGCCUCCUCUCAGCCCACUCCAGAGGUGGACCCCCAGACCAUCCUCAAAGCUCUGUUCAAGUCCACUGCACAGUCCAGCACCACCACUGAGCCCCCCAGCUCACAGGCCACUGCCUUUCGUAUCAAGAUAUAGCUUGUGUCUAGUGUGAACAAACAUAUUACUGCUUUGUCUGUGUUCACGUACAAACUGUGGUUUUCACCUUGACAGCAGGCAGCCACCAUUCUCAUAUGAAACAGAUUUUUACACAUUUGAUAUUCAUGGCUAACCUGAACGUGAAAUUCAUGGAUACUGGCUUCCUAUUUUUGUUUUGUAGUAUCUAAGUCUGAGAUUGACCAGUGGUAAAGUAAUAUGAUGUGAAUUGUUGUUUUAAUCCAAUUUGAUCAGGAUGCCAAAACAAACUGGAUGUUAGGGGUUUCGGGGGUUUUUCCAAUUCCAAUUAAAUGCCACCUCAUCUGAAUAUGUUGAGGGUUUUUUUAAUACUCAACCUAACUCUUAUCAACCCCACUCUCUUAAUUAAAGAGAUGAGAAAAUGUAACUCAACACUUGUAUGUUCAGUUAUAUUGUCUUUUCAAAUUGUCUUGAGUCGCCCAAUACAAUUUUAAAAAACUAAACUGAACAGCUUUACCUGACCACGCGGAGAAGAGGUCUUUACUACCCCAAAUAAUUGAAACUGAGUAAAUCUGAUGGACAGAAACCAAAAUCCCAUCAUUUGAGCAAACCAGUUCUCAAUUAGGCAUACGAUGUUCUGUUUCUUGUGUGCUCCAUCAAUGGCUGGUUUAACUUGGCUGUUCCGUUUUUGAAUCAUCGUAUGUUUAAUUAUUUCUUGUAUACAUUACGCUCGAUUUAUCUUCAAGGACUGUAAAUUACUUUCAGAUACUUUCUUGGGUUGUCGCUCAAGAACGGCCUUGAGAGCGAGAUGUGUGAUCUGUCACCAUUAAAUAUUUAGCUUUCUA